CAGUAAAAACUAUUUACAAAUUCAACAUUUAUAGAGUCCCAAUAUAAGAAAUACUCAAUUAUCCAUUUCAUUUUAUGGCCCUAACAUGAAUCUCAUCCAUCCACAAUCCACACAUCAACACUCCCCACCAUGUCUCUAACAUCACUUCCAGCACUUCCAUCUCUCAAAACACUCCAUUCAAUUCAACCAUCUUUACCUACUACCACUCCUUCAAAGUUUGGUGCAAAUCUGGUUUAUAGUGAUGCUUCUGUUGCAGCAACAGAGGCAGUUUCUUUAGCCAAUACUGCUGUGGAUCCAGCUACUGGAAUUGGAAAAGUUUGGCCUUUUGUAGAGAGUGAAAAUGGGGUUGUUAGAGAGAGAAGUAGAGGGAUUGAUGAGAUGAGGAGGAAGAGAAGAAGAAAAAGAAGAAAAAAUUUGGGAUAUGUUAUGGAAGAAGAGAAUUUUCAGAAGAAUUUCUUGAGGCAGAAAAUGGUUGGUGGGUCUGUUACAUCAAAGUUUCUGAGUUCAACAGAAGAGUCUGAGCUUUGUUUAUGUAUCAAGGAAGGAGCAAGAAUUGAAGUUUCUAAUCAAAGAAAGACAGAACAUGAAGGGAAUAUUGAUAUUUCAAGAAGGUUUGUUCUUGAGAGAGAAUUGAAAGCAAGAUUAGCGCGUGAUUAUCGGGGUUUAGUUGUAUGGAUCGCGAGUCAGUAUAAAGGCAAAGGAAUGAGUAUUGAAGACCUAAUUCAGGAAGGGACCAUUGGGCUUUUUCGUGGAGCAGAGAAAUUCGAUCCGGAUAGAGGGUGUAAGCUGUCCACAUAUGCUUACUGGUGGAUUAAACAAGCUAUUGUUAAAGCUUUGGCUGAGAAUUCUAGAUUGAUCAGAUUACCGGGACAAAUGCAUGCAAUGGUUGCAAAAAUUGAAAAGGCUUACAUUGUCUUGAGCUAUAGAUUGGGACGGAAACCGAUGUACGAUGAAAUAGCCGAGGCACUUGAUGUGAAUGUUUCAACUGUACAACUUGUUUAUGAAAUAAGAAGACAACCAGUUUCAUUAGACCGAGCUAUAUCUUAUCAGAAAAUUCUCGAGAUGAAUAUAUCAGGGUCGGAUGAAAUGAUUUUGGAGGAGUUGGAUGAAAUGAUUUCGGAGGAAAUUAUAUCAGGGUCGGAUGAAAUGAUUUUGAAGGAAUUUAUACCAGGGCCAGUCGAAAUGAACCCGGAGAAAAUGUUUGAGAGAGAGCAAGUGAAAGAAGGGGUGGUGAAGCUUCUUAGUACACUUAACAAGAGAGAAGAAGCGAUUGUAAGAUUACACUAUGGACUAAAUAGAGAGACUCCUCUAUCUCUUUCGAAGAUAGGAAAGCUGUUUAAAUUAUCAAGGGAGAGAAUCAGACAGAUUCAUAGGAUUGCAUUGUUAAAAUUGCAAGAAAAUACUCUUGUAGAUAGUCUAAAGUUUUAUGUUGUAUAGGAGUUUAUGUUGUAGAUUUCAUUUUGCCAAUGGUAUAUAAUGAAGACGUGCUUAACAAUGUGUUUAUAAAACAAUAUCUUGUUUCAGUCUAGAACAACAGAAAAUGAAUGAUGGUUUGCAACAUACAACCUUAAUUUGUCGACUUGCUUUGCAAGCCACACUUUUCGACUUAAUUGUAUAUUUCAACGUAGAUAGAUAAGCAUGAUUAAAAACCAUAUUUGUAACCAUCACUAUUGACUAGACGAGUAAGAAUAAUAAACAUCAAAUCUCAUACCGAAGAAGUGCUACAUGAAACAGCAUUGGGAAGCAAGUCAAUACACGAAUAGACGAGUCCUCGAUGAUCACUGCAAAACUUAACUAAUACUAUAGUUUCCAAACAGUAUCUUUCUGAAUCAUAUGAUCAUUUACUUACAGCUAAGAAUUAAGAAUCUUACAGAUCCUUCUGUAUUGUACUGUGAGGGAAAUUAGAUAUACAAAAUAUCAAUAUUUUAAAGUAA